AUGCAGUCGGCUUCUGCGGGAGAUAGUGUGCGUUCGCAGAGCUUGCAACCAAUUGAACAAGUCAUUUUUCGCCCCAUCAUCAUCAUCAUCACCAUCAUCAUCAUCAUCAACGACAGCAUGACAUCAGUGCUCAACACCAAUGCUUCACUGCAGUACAGCCAUGAUUUAUUUGAAAGCCUUAUUGUAAAGAAAAGAAUAAAG